AGAGAGGACAGUGGUCUGUUGGUGUAUAAGGACCAUUUGCCAGUCAGUCAGGUUGCCGUGGGUGACACCAACAGGCUGGGUUCAGAGGCAAAGCUCACAGUCGGGCCGCUCCGUUGUCAAGGAGACCGUGAGUUCCACCCCUCAAGCUGUUAUUAGUUUUUUUCAGUCACUUUGGAGCAAUUUUCAAAAGUAUGUGGUACAUUUUCACAAUGCUUAGUACAAAACUCGAAACAGAUAAUCAAAAAGGCAGUUGUUUCAAAACUCUAAGCACAUUUUCAAUUGAUUAAGUACAGCACACAAAAUCAUAGUCACUUUUUCACCAAACUUAAUCAGUGUAUAAUCUAGAAAUACAUGUUUCACAUUGCAAUACUGUAUACAGUCCAUUUGUGAACUAUUCAGACUCCUUGACUUUUUCCAUUAUUUUUUUUUCUCCACAUUUUGUUACGUUACAGCCUUAUUCUAAAAUGUAAUAAAUCAUUUUUUUACCUCAUCAAUCUACACACAAUACCCAUAAUGACAAACCAAAUACAGGUUUUUAGAAAUCUUUGCAAAUAAAAUAACAAAUACAAAACUGAAAUAUCACAUUUACAUAAGUAUUCAGACCCUUUAGUCAGUACUUUGUUGAAGCACCUUUGGCAGUGAUUACAGCCUCGAGUCUUCAUGGGUAUGACGCUACAAGCUUGGCACACCUGUAUUUGGGGAGUUUCUCCUGCGUUGUCUUGGCUGUGUGCUUAGGGUCGUUGUCCUGUUGGAAGGUGAACCUUCGCCCCAGUCUGAGGUCCUGAGCACUCUGGAGCAGGUUUUCAUCAAGGAUCGCGCUGUACUUUGCUCCGUUCAUCUUUCCCUCGAUCCUGACUAGUAUCCCAGUCCUUGCCGCUGAAAAACAUCCCCACAGCAUGAUGCUGCUACCACCAUGCUUUACCGUAGGGAUGGUGCCAGAUUUCCUCCAGAUGUGACGAUUGACAUUCAGGCCAAAGAGUUCAAUCUUGGUUUCAUCAAACCAGAGAAUCUUGUUUCGAAUGGUCUGAGAGUCCUUUAGGUGCCUUUUGGCAAACUCCAAGCGGGCUGUCAUGUGUAUUUUACUGAGGAGUGGCUUCCGUCUGGCCACUCUACCAUAAAGGCCUGAUUGGUGGAGUGCUGCAGAGAUGGUUGUUCUUCCGGAAGUUUCUCCGAUCUCCACAGAGGCACUCUGGAGCUCUGUCAGAGUGACCAUCGGGUUCUUGGUCACCACCAAGGCCCCUCUCCCCCAAUUGCUGAGUUUGGCCGGUCAGCCAGCUCUAGGAAGAGUCUUGGUGGUUCCAAACUUCGUCCAUUUAAGAAUGAUGGAGGCUACUGUGUUCUUGGGGACCUUCAAUGCUACAGACAUUUUUUGGUACCCUUCCCCAGAUCUGUGCCUCUACACAAUCCUGUCUCGGAGCUUUACGGACAAUUCCUUCGACCUCAGGGCUUGGUUUUUGCUCUGACAUGCACUGUCAACUGUGGGACCUUAUAUAGACAGGUGUGUGCCUUUCCAAAUCAUGUCCAAUUAAUUGAAUAUACCACAGGUGGACUCCAAUCAAGUUGUAGAAACAUCUCAAGGAUUAUCAAUGGAAAUAGGAUGCACCUGAGCUCAAUUUCGAGUCUCAUAGCGAAGGGUCUGAAUACUUAUGUAAAUAAGGUAUUUCUGUUUUUACUUUUUAUAAAAUUUGCAAAAAUUCAAAAAAACUAUUUUCCCUUUGUCAUUAUGGGGUAUUGUGUGUAGAUUGAUGAGGAAAAAUAUGAAUUUAAUCCAUUUUAGUAUAAGGCUGUAACGUAAUAAAAUGUGGAAAAAGUCUGAAUACUUUCCGAAGGCACUGAAUGUAAAGUAAUUGCUUUUCACAAUGCAGUGCUCACAUUAAUGUCUUCUCAUUUGUUAAAAUACAUUUGACUAUUAAUUAAUCCACCUGGUCUUAAUUGAUAAUCACGUAACCAUUUGGUAAACCUAUAGAUUUUAAACUGGUUUGUCUAUAACAGAUUUUGAGAACUACAUACAGUUCUCAUCGACAUCGCAGUAAAUUGUUCAUGCACCUGAGGAAAAACCUUUUGGCAUGGCGAAUCCAAGCCAGACAUAAGUCUGGAUUGAAAUCAUUGCAUACCUCAUCCAUGGCCUUAAUAUGGGUGGUACGCUCAUGGGGAUGGCAAUCAUACAACUUCCACCUGUAUUGUAAUCGUGUAUUGUAUUUUACAGUAUUGUAUGUAUGUAUUGAAGUGGUUCUGUACGUGGCUCAGUUCAUAAGAGCAUGGCAAUAGCAAUACCAGAGUUGUUGGUUCAAUUCCCACUGGGAUCACAUACCAAAAUGUCUGGACUGUUGUCACUUUGGAUAAAAGUGUCUGCUACUGUACGUAAAAGCCAUAUAUUACGGUAUUACAGUAUUGUAUUGGCCAAUGCAAUUUUAGUAAAGCAGUGUGAACGCCAUACCCCCCCCCCCCCCCCCCCCCCCGUACUGUAUGAUUAGUUACAAACAGUACAUUCCUAAUCUUGUCAAUAUCUGAUUUAUUUUUUACUUAAUGUGAAGUAAAAUCAUAAUAGUCAUCAUCAUAGUAGUACAUUUGAGUAUAUAUCAUACGUUUUAUGUUUCUACUUUACAGAGAAAAAAAAAACAUUAUGUAGUUCUCAAAAUCUGUAGCAGACAAUCCAGUUUACAUGUAAAAUCUAUAGGUUUACCAAACCUUUAAGUGAUCAUCAAUUAAAAGCAGUCUGAUUAAGUAAUAUUAAAUUGUCUUUUAACAAAAGAGAAAAUAAUCAUAUCAAAAGUAAUGUGAGAAUUGCAUUGUGAAAGGCAAUGACUUUAUAUGAACAUGUAUUGCAAUGUGAAACAUGUACAGUACCAGUCAAAAGUUUGGACACACCUACUCAUUCAAGGGUUUUUCUUUAUUUUUACUAUUUUCUACAUUGUACAAUAAUAGUGAAGACAUCAAAACUAUGGAAUAACACAUAUGGAAUCAUGUAGUAACCAAAAAAGUGUUAAACAAAUGAAAAUAUAUUUUAUAUUUGAGAUUCUUCAAAGUAGCCACCCUUUGCCUUGAUAACAGCUUUGCACACUCUUGACAUUCUCUCAACCAGCUUCAUGAGGAAUGCUUUUCCAACAUUCUUGAAGGAGUUCCCACAUAUGCUAAGCCCUUGUUGGCUGCUUUUCCUUCACUCUGCGGUCCAAUUCAUCCCAAACCAUCUCAAUUGAUGCAGCACUCCAUCACUCUCCUUGGUCAAAAAGCCCUUACACAGCCUGGAGGUGUGUUUUGGGUCAUUGUCCUGUUGAAAAACAAAUGAUAGUCCCACUAAGCGGAAACCAGAUGGGACGGCGUAUCGCUGCAGAAUGCUGUGGUAGCCAUGCUGGUUAAGUGUGCCUUCAUGUCUUAAAGUAAUGAUGACUGUUGUUUCUCUGUAAGGGUUGAGGUGAGGUGUGACCCAGGUGCGGUGCAGGAUAUACAGUAGACAGUAGGCAGAGAUGGUGAAACAAGGAUCUUUACUGGUGGUCCCGAAGCCAGAAUACAAAAUAACGGACUUAACACGAUAAAAGAAAGGCAGAGCAAAUAAGUCUCCAAAAACCGGCUGACAGACAAAAAAAGAAAUACUACCUACGACUGAAACAAAUAAAGAAACAGGGAGAACACUUCUCAAGUACCUGUACAUUGGUCUCCGAUCAGACAAUGAGUAGUACUGCUGGACAUAGAGAAACAACAGAGAAAACUGAGCAAGGGAACACAGGGAAGUGAGGGCAUAAAUACACAGGUGAACAGGUAGACACAGGUGACACCAAUAGGAUACUGAUUAGUCCAGACUGUGAGUGAGGAGGUGCCUAAGGUUGUCGGAGGAUGACACCUAUUGCAAAGAGAAUGUUACAGGAGGGGGUCGCAGUUCAGGAGCGACCCCCUCCUGUAACAUUCUCUUUGCUUAUUUGAGCUGUUCUUGCCAUAAUAUGGACUUGGUCUUUUACCAAAUAGGGCUACCUUCUGUAUACCACCCCUACCUUGUCACAACACAACUGAUUGGCUCAAACACAUUAAGAAGGAAAGAAAUUCCACAAAUUCACUUUUAACAAGGCACACCUGUUAAUUGAAAUGCAUUCUAGGUGACUACCUCAUGAAGCUGGUUGAGAGAAUGCCAAGAGUGUGCAAAGCUGUCAUCAAGGCAAAGGGUGGCUACUUUGAAGAAUCUCAAAUAUAAAAUAUAUUUUCAUUUGUUUAACACUUUUUUGGUUACUACAUGAUUCCAUAUGUGUUAUUUCAUAGUUUUGAUGUCUUCACUAUUAUUCUACAAUGUAGAAAAUGGUAAAAAUAAAGAAAAACCCUUGAAUGAGUAGAUGUGUCCAAACUUUUGACUGGUACUGUAUUUCUAGAUGAAACACUGAUUAUGGUAAUUCCGUGUGUGUGGGCACGCGUGCGUGUAAAAAUGAGUGUAAACGUGCUCAUACACACACACCCACGUACUCAAUUCAACGUAGGUCUUUUGUGUCAAUCACCUUAAGGGUGUUUUUCAAUCUUUUAAACUUUUUCUCUUCAGAGCAAUACAAUUAGAGGCCUUUCAUAAAAGGAAUAGAAAAUCAAACUAAAUUAUACAAACUUAAAAGGAGAAAGGAAUGGAAGAAUGAAGGAAAGAAAGAAAGGAUAAAACGUUUCCGACCCUUUCAAACGCUAUCAUUACCAUGUCCACAUGAUGUAGGGACAAAGGACACGACCUUCAAUCAUAGCUGGAAGAGUGUGUGAGUGUGUGUGUGUGUGUGCAGGGCCGGCCCGCUCAUUAGACAGGAUUAGGCGUCUUCCUAUGGCGGCAGAUUGACGAGGGCAGCAUUUUCUGAACUAAACUGACCAAGACGCACCUCCAACAACACAUAAAACCUCACAUAAUUAAUUCUGUCCAAAAACAAUGACAUUUUCUCCCAACCAGUGGCAUAUGGGCUUUUUAGGUGAGAGCUGAUGCCGCCCUAUGAUAAGCAGUGCCCACUUUGUCAAAGGCAGGGACUCCAAAUAUUUAUCUUGUCCAUUCCGAGCGCACCUCUCCAGGGUGCUGUUGGAGAGACGCACCACUGCGGCGCUCCACCAACGUUCCGUCCAAAGAAUUAUCUAACAUAAAUCAUAGAGCUGAUAUAGGAUAUGGUAGAAAGAGUAUGUGGCCUUUCCUAAGCCUACAGGCUGGAGGUAAAAUGUAUGACAAUGCAAUGAGACGGACCCUUUUUACAUCAUGCAGGUUUCUCCGAUCAAACAGCCUGACAAAUGCACUGACAUGUUAACAAAUAACAUAACCUAAAAACAUGUCAGGCCAAAGUAAAAUGGACAGGAGUUUUACCCUGUCAUGACUUGCCCUCAUGGGCUGAGGAUCAAAGAUGCUGGCUAGGCAAAGGUUUGAACACCCCCUCUCCUGGGGGCCAGUUUUAUGACCGGUUGUAAAUUCCUUGAAGAAACUUUAUUUUCUGUGCCAUGCAGUAUUGGGAGAGGGAAUUUCCCUGUGGAACAAAGGAAGUCUUCCCGCCAAGAUUCCAACAUCCAAAAGUGAAUAAUGAAACAAUAUUCCUACUUCAAAGAAUGUGGGAAAUGGUCAGUGGGGACUUAAAAAACAAUAAUGUCAAAUUCGUUACUAUGUUGUGUCGUCAUUAAAGACGGUGGAACAACAUAACUGUAUAUUUGGGGGUGUGCUCUUCCCAGUUAUGAGGUUUGCAUCUAAUUGUUGCAUAAAACAAAUUAUUAAGUAUAAUAAUAAUUUUGUGAAGACAACAAUGUGAUUUUAGUAUUCUAGAUGAGAUGAUUGUUUUCCAUAUUGAUUUGUUCUCAGUCAGUGGCCACGCACAGAUGAGCACAAACAUGAUGGAACGCCCCUUUUAUCCCGAGGGCAUAAAAAGCCUUGAAAAACAAAUUAACAUUAGACCAAGCAGAUUAUGGUGUAAACCGGAUGUUGCAAAUGGUUGAAUCUCUACCAGACCAGCAGACGUGAAGCGUGAGCUAAACGUUACAAAAUGGUUAGACCAGAAAGACCAGAAAACAGGAGACGUUAGUCCACACGUUUGAAAUGGUGAGAAACUCUGAAACUCUCAUCCUCUACACGAGGUGAAGAAGAAGACAACGCACUAGACCUUAGCAUUACCAGUCUGCAGCUGGCAUGUAUAGUCGUCUAGAGAACUUUCACUAAAGACAUGAGUUGGGAAGGACAAUCCCUCUCAGACAACCGUUGGUACUUCUGAAGUAUUAAUUCUUAACAGAUCAACUCUACGAACUACAGGGUAUGCUGAAAUAUCCAUUCUAACCAACACUAUGACCAAAAACUCUACCAAGGACAUUGGGAUCUCUGGUGGGCAAGCCAGAGUCCUACAUCAUCAGCUCAACUAUCAAGGACAGCUACACGUAAAUACAUGUUGCAUUUCUAAUCCGAAUGAGCGGGUGCUAAGCAUUUGUAUUUCCGUGAGCGUAGUUAAGAAACGUCCGAUAGGUGAAUUCCUUUGUCUCUUCCUCCCCCCCUCUCUCUGAAUCCACCAUCGUGUUAUAACCAAACUGUCCUGUUUUGUUAGUCCGCUAGACUGUAUUUACUGUAUAAUGUUAGUGUUUUAUGUAUUCUGGAAUUGUUAUUGAGUUAGUUAGUAAAUAAAUAAUUGAGCCAAUGUGUGUAUUGCUGAUUCAUCAAUAAGGUUAGGGUUCUUGCAGGUUCAAGGAUUAUGCGACGUUCAGAAUGAGACUGAUAAGAGGUAAUUAUUUAAUAAGUGACUGUUAUCGAUAUAUAACAUAUAUAUCUUCUAAGAGUUUAAUUCGGGAGAUGGUAACUCGUUAAACAACUUCUUCCGUGGUGCCCCAAAUUCCUAAUGAGUUAAUUGUUAGAUUAAUUUAAUUGAGUGACAAUUAAACAUAGUUAGUUGAUUCGAUAAAUAACAGUCGCCAUAUUAAUGAAAGUCACGUCACGACAACCCAAUGUCAUGAUCAGUGGUUUCAAUUUUGUACAUCCCUGCUGUAGACUAUACCUCAGUAAGCACGGACCGAUGCUGACGCUUUUUGGACGUCUUUUUUUUUUGUGCAGUCCAGACCGGCAUUGAUUUCCAUGUCCACGGACGUUGAUUUUUGGUCCGGUCUGGACCAAAUCUGAACCAAUCAUAGACGUCUAUGUUUGGUUCAGAUUUAGUCCGGUCUGGACAAGCCUUGAUUUGGCACAAACAUAGACGUCUAUAAAUUACAUAUUUUCCUUCAGAACAGAAGAUUAACCUGAUAUCAACGUCCAGAAAAUACAUAUUUUUGUCUUUGAUUCAGAACCUAAAUUGAACUUAACUUCAAUGUCUGGGAAAAUACAUAUUUUAGACAUCUUUUCAAUGUCAUUUUGCUUACUGGGACUAUUAUUGUAGGGCCUGCCAUUCUUUUUGUCUCGCCUAGGGUGGCAGAACGGCCAGGACCUGUGUGUGUGAGUCUCUUGCAUCGAGUCCCAAGUUAAUCCUAUUCUGUAGCCAUGUCUGCCUCUGGGUAAUGGUUAUUAAAUAGCAAAGACUUCAAAUAAUAAAAAAGGGCCCAGUAGGUGGCAAGUGUGCGUGCGUGUGCGUGUGUGUGCGUGUACGUGUGUGUGUGCGUGUGUGUGUGCUUGCGUGUGCUUGUGCAUGUGCGUGCGGCUUCUGGGACAGUGUGAUAAGCCCUCCUUUGUAAAAGCACUGGACUCCUACUCUUGCCAAGCAUCCCAUCCCAGAGCAGAGAGGCUUAGAGAGAGCGGGGGAAACAGAGAGGGAUAGAGGGAAAGAGAGAAAGAGAUUUAAAAAAGAGGGGGAGAGAGAUAGAGAAGGGGUGAGGGAGGGGCAGAUUUAAUGUUAUUCAGGGCAUGGCUGGAAGUGACAGAUGCAUCUGCCAUCCCACACACACACACUCACACAUACAAAUAACCACACAGUCUCGUAAGUGUCUCUGUGUGAAUGAAGUCUUUAGAUUGAAGCUUUACACAGAUCUCACUGAACAGAUAACAACAUACAAUACAUGCUGCCUCACUCUUUCAAUUCAAUUCAAUUCAAUUUAAGGGCUUUAUUGGCAUAUGAAACAUAUGUUAACAUUGUCAAAGCAAGUGAAAUAGAUAACAAACAAAAGUGAAAUAAACAAUCAAAAUUAAAAGCAAAAUGUACCCUCACAAAAGUUCCAAAAGAAUAAAGACAUUUCAAAUGUCAUAUUAUGUGCAAAUAGUUAAAGUACAAAAGGGAAAAUAAAUAAACAUAAAUAUGGGUUGGAUUCACAAUUAUGUUUGUUCUUAUCUGGGUGCCCUUUUUUCUUGUGGCAACAGGUCACAAAUCUUGCUGCUGUGAUGGCACACUGUGGUAUUUCACCCAAUAGAUAUGGGAGUUUAUCAAAAUUGUGUUUGUUUUCUAAUUCUUUGGGGGUCUGUGUAAUCUGAGGGAAAUAUGUGUCUCUAAUGUGGUCAUACAUUUGGCAGGAGGUUAGGAAGUGCAGCUCAGUUUCCACCUCAUUUUGUGGGCAGUGUGCACAUAGCUUCUCUUUCUCUCUCUUUCUCUCUCUAUCGCUCUCACACUACCUCUCUUUGUCAUCUUCCCCUUCCUCCUCCCAGAAAGAUGCAGAGAGAGAGAGACCCAUAUUUAUGUUUAUUUAUUUUCCCUUUUGUACUUUAACUAUUUGCAUAUAAUAUGACAUUUGAAAUGUUUGUGAGUGUAAUGUUUACUGUAAAACGUUUUAUUGUUUAUUUCACUUUUGUUUAUUAUCUAUUUCACUUGCUUUGGCAAUGUAAACAUAUAAUUCCCAUGCCAAUAAUGUCCUUAAAUUGAAAUUGAAUUGAAAGAGAGAGAGAGAGAGAGAGAGCAAAGCUGAACCCCAUGCCAUGAGCUUUUGUUCCUCCAAAGGUCAUCUGACAUCCUCUUUUUCUCCCCUCCAUUUUCCCUGCGUUUCCCCUCCUUUUCCCCUGCGUUUCCCCUGCGUUUCCCCUCCUUUUCCCCUGCGUUUCCCCUGCGUUUCCCCUCCUUUUCCCCUGCGUUUCCCCUCCAUUUCCCCUGCGUUUCCCCUCUUCCCCAGGUAAUUACUGGAACGCAGCGUCGUUCACCACGCCCUCCUCCUAUCUACAUUUCUCCACCUUCCAGGGAGAGACCAGCGCUGAUAUCGCCUUCUACUUCAAGACCAGCGCUCCCUACGGGGUGUUCCUGGAAAACCUCGGCAACACCGACUUCAUACGCCUCGAACUC